UUGCGGAGCCAGGGUCUAGUUGGCCCACCCACUUGCGUCUUCCUACCCUACCCGCCUUCUGAUCUCUCGAAUCCCACACUUGCAACCCAAAACCAGCUCCAACACUCUCGCCACGGUGCGGUGCGCGGUGGUAUCGCCAAAUCGCCCACCACUGUACCUCCGCUUGCGCGCGCCUACCCGUCCCGACUUCCCCCCAGCCAUUCUUAUGCCCGCGAAAGCGCCAUGACAGAUGCCGACGGCGAUGGUUUCGCCGAGCUCACCACUGCGCCAAUCUUCGACGACCGCCUCUACUUCACCGAAGCACUCUUGCUCCAUGAUGGCGAGACCGACGAGCUGGUCGACUCGCAACUCACCCUCGCUGCAAAGGAAAGCGGCAUCGAGGACCCGGAUCUCUUCCUAAUCCCACGCCCCGCCGUGCUCGACAUAUCGACCGCGCUAUCCACCAUGUCACUGCAGAGUGAACAGAGGAGCUCCGUUUCUGUGCAUUCCCGUGAAACCCAGUCAACCGCCUUCACUUCGCUUCCGUCCCGCAGCUCUCGAGACAAGUCGCCCAUGUCGCGCAUGCCUCCCCCGCUAGUCCGGGCCUCAUUCUCGGUAGACAGGAACGAUGCCAUUCCAGAAAGUCCGCGAUCGUCUGUGCGGCAUAGACACUCCACCUCUGGUUUCUCAGCCUCUCGGUCACUCCAUUCCAGUGCUUCUUCGGCACAAGGGCAGAGCGCCAGAAAGCAAAAGCGCGCAUCAGCAUUGUUCUCCAUGUUCAGGAAAGAGCCAAGCGCCUGUCCCUCUAGGUCUCACAAUGGUCAUCACUUCAAGCCGCAAAGUCCCAAGCUCGAAUGCGGUCACUCACUUUCCAAGUAUGCGAUCCGGGUCCACGUACAAGAAGCUUUGGAGAGAAAAGAUGGUGCUGCACCAGCCUGUUGUGGCCAGCUAAUACCCCGCGAAGUGCUGUCAAUUGUUUUGACCAGUGCAGAAAUCGACCUUGUAACUGACAACAAUCUGCCAUCGCCCAAGGCAGCGUCACUACGAGACUCUGGAUACAGCGAGAAUGGUAUAUCCAAUGUUGACCUUUCUAAUGCGCUAUACACGGACGUACUCGUGAGCGAACCAUCAACCGUAUCAGCAACGCCGACCUAUGAGCCAAGCGAGAUGGAUGAAGCCCGGCUUAGCUCCGCGCUCGAAAGUGAGACAUUCCAGAACUUGCUAGCGGAACAAAAAGAACAGUUUCGACGGGUCUCGGUAUUCGAGUCAAACCAACGCGCGGCUCUGUCAGCCAAUCACCAACGUCGCCUGAAGCGCCUCACGGCGCAGCUGGAGACGUCGAAGAUUGAAAAAGCAAAACAGCAUAUUCAACAGCUCGAACGGCUGGACGAGUUCCAACUCAUGAUGGAGCAUGAUCUUCGCAAUGCACAAGCGAUGGAGACGCAGAACGUUGCAACGGCUCUCAAGUACAUCGAGGGUUACUGCUCGGGACCAAACCCUGCGUAUGAGGGUGUGGUGUACGUAGUGACGGAGGAUGACCGAAUGAAGUUGGAGCGCCAGCGCGUCACCCAGGACAAGCUACCUGCAAAGCAUGAAAGCGCUAUUAAUGUGUUGAGAGCUAAGCAAGAAAGGGACACGAGACUGAGGAUCCAGAAGCAGGAGUUGGAGCUUGAGCAACUGCAUGCCGACUAUGAGAAAGAGAAGAGUGCGCAAGAAUUGCAGUACGGCAAAGACUUGAGCCAUCUGGAUCUCACCAUUCAGACGAGGAGGAGCAAGAUAAUGCGCCAGUGGGAUCUAAAAUUCGAAGUAUGGAGGAGGAACUGGGAGAAAGAAAACGAAUCCAAGCUCUAUGGUACACUACCGCACGGAAACUGGCCAGAACCAACAGACACGAACAUUCACAUCGACCCUUCGAGCUCUCUCGCGAUAUACAUACAGAGCAUCGCUUGA